CGAGCACGUCGGGAGUUGUAGUUGGUCCGCCCGGGCCCCGCCCCUCGACCGUGCGGAGACGCCACUUCAGGGCCGUCCCCCGGAGCUUUUGGGCAGGCGUCGUCGUCCCUGUCACCGCCACGUCGCGGACAUGGUGAUUUCAGAAAGUAUGGAUAUACUCUUCAGAAUAAGAGGAGGCCUUGAUUUAGCUUUUCAGCUAGCUACUCCUAAUGAAAUUUUUCUCAAGAAGGCACUGAAACAUGUGUUGAGUGACCUGUCAACCAAGCUUUCUUCAAACGCCCUUGUGUUCAGAAUUUGCCACAGUUCAGUGUAUAUAUGGCCUAGCAGUGACGUAAACACCAUUCCUGGAGACCUGACUGAUGCUUCCGCUUGUAAGAACAUACUGCGCUUUAUUCAAUUUGAGCCGGAAGAAGAUAUAAAACGAAAAUUCAUGAGAAAGAAGGACAAAAAAUUAUCAGACAUGCAUCAAAUAGUAAAUAUAGAUCUUAUGCUGGAAAUGUCAACCUCCCUGGCAGCUGUAACGCCCAUCAUUGAAAGGGAAAGCGGAGGACACCAUUAUGUUAAUAUGACUUUACCUGUCGAUGCAGUUAUAUCUGUGGCUCCAGAAGAAACAUGGGGAAAAGUUCGUAAACUCCUAGUUGAUGCAAUUCAUAAUCAACUGACUGACAUGGAAAAAUGUAUUUUGAAAUAUAUGAAAGGAACGUCUAUUGUGGUCCCUGAACCACUGCACUUUUUAUUACCAGGGAAAAAAAAUCUUGUAACAAUUUCCUAUCCUUCAGGAAUACCAGAUGGCCAGCUGCAGGCCUAUAGGAAGGAGUUACAUGAUCGCUUCAAUCUGCCUCAUGACAGACCCUAUUUCAAAAGGUCUAAUGCUUAUCACUUUCCAGAUGAACCAUACAAAGAUGGUUACAUUAGAAAUCCACAUACUUAUCUUAAUCCACCUAACAUGGAGACUGGUAUGAUUUGUGUGGUCCAGGGCGUAUAUGGUUAUCAUCAUUAUAUGCAGGAUCGGAUUGAUGACAAUGGCUGGGGCUGUGCUUAUCGAUCUCUGCAGACUAUCUGCUCUUGGUUCAAACAUCAGGGAUACACAGAGAGGUCCAUUCCAACACACAGAGAAAUUCAGCAGGCUCUAGUCGAUGCCGGUGACAAACCAGCAACAUUUGUCGGAUCACGGCAAUGGAUUGGAUCUAUUGAGGUACAGCUGGUACUAAACCAAUUGAUUGGUAUAACUUCAAAAAUACUGUUUGUCAGCCAAGGUUCAGAAAUGGCCUCUCAAGGACGGGAACUGGCGAAGCAUUUCCAGAGCGAAGGAACUCCAGUUAUGGUCGGGGGAGGAGUUUUGGCCCACACGAUACUAGGAGUUGCAUGGAAUGAGAUUACAGGGCAGAUAAAGUUUCUGAUUCUAGAUCCACAUUAUACUGGUGCUGAAGACCUGCAAGUUAUUUUGGAAAAGGGCUGGUGCGGAUGGAAGGGUCCAGACUUUUGGAACAAGGAUGCAUACUAUAACUUAUGUCUUCCUCAGCGACCAAAUAUGAUUUAAAAUAUCUUGGAGUCAAAGACUGCAGUAGACUGGUAUUAUAAAUUUGUGAAUAAAGAAUCAGUUUAAUUUCACCUUAAA